AUGAAAGCAGCAGCAGUAAACCCGCUCCGGCUCCAGUUCUUUCGGCCGACAACACGACUUCUGAGGAACGUCAUCAUGAACGUGUUUGAUCGAGACAUCAACUUUGACGCUCUCUUCAAGCUCUCUCAGAUCUCCUCCUCGACCCAGCGUCACCUGAAGAAUGUGUAUUCCAGUUUGGCCGUGUGUAUGUUUGUGUCUGCGGCCGGAGCCUACGUCCACGUGGUCACACGCCUCUUCCAGGGUGGGCUCCUCUCUGCUCUGGGCUCUCUCGCUCUGAUGAUGUGGUUGGCCAUGACUCCUCACAGCCCUCAGACCGAGAAGAAGAGACUGGGCAUCCUGGCCGGCUUCGCCUUCCUCACCGGUCUCGGCCUUGGUCCCACUCUGGACUUUGUUAUCGCCGUCAACCCCAGCCUGGUGGUGACCGCGUUCCUGGGAACCUCUGUGAUCUUUGUGUGUUUCACUCUGAGCGCUCUCUACGCCCAGCGCCGCAGCUACCUGUUCCUGGGAGGAACCCUGAUGUCCGGUCUCUCUCUGCUCUGCGUUCUGUCGCUGGUGAACCUCUUCAUGGGCUCCGUCAUGGUGUUCAAGAUGCACAUGUACCUGGGUCUGAUCGUCAUGUGUGGGUUCGUCCUGUUCGACACUCAGCUCAUCAUCGAGAAAGCAGAGAACGGAGACAAGGACUAUGUGUGGCACUGUGUGGACCUGUUCCUGGACUUCAUCACCAUCUUCAGGAAACUCAUGGUCAUCCUGGCCAUGAACGACAAGGACAAGAGAAAGGAGAAGAAAUGA